AUGACCCCUGAGAAGGUGCUGAGGGAGGGGGUGCUGGAGAAGCGGAGCGGGGGGCUGCUGCAGCUCUGGAAGAAGAAGCGGUGCCUGCUGACGGAGAAGGGGCUGCAGCUCUUCGAGCCCAAGGGCUCGCGGCGCAAGGAGCUGAGCUUCGCCCGCAUGAAGGCGGUGGAGUGCGUGGAGUGGAAGGAGAGGCACAUCUACUUCACGGUGGUGAUGGACGACAGCCACGAGAUCGACUUCCGCUGCGCCCAGGAGGACCCGGGCUGGAACGCGGCCAUCACCAUGGGGCUGGUGCGCUUCAAGAACCAGCAGGCCAUCCAGCUGGUCCGCGCCCGCCACAGCUGCCGAGCAGUGGUGCAGUUCGAGGCAGCCCCAGUGAGACAGCCCAUGGACACACAGCAUCCCAAGAGCAGGAUGGAGAUGGCCCUCGGCUCCAUGGGUGCUGGGGAGAACGGGAUCCCAGCAGGCAAGUGAGGCCACCACUGGCUGUGACCUGGGGACAGGGACAGUGGCCCCGGGGUGGCCAGUGCAGGUGCUGGCCUCAAAUUCUGGGACAGGACAGAGGGACUGCAGGAGCCACAUUGCCUUGGCACGAUGGGGCAAAGAACACAGUCAGGGCCACCACCU